AUGACAAGAAGUUCUCGCAAUCUUGAAGGCUGGUCCAUCUACCCACGCAAUCUGUGCUUAUCAGCUGCGGAGGUCGACGCCAAAGGCUAUGAUCGGCGCCUCGCACAGGCAGAGAAGCGUCUUUUUGCGGGUGAGAGUGUGGACUUCGACGAGAGUUCGGACACAGACGAGGACGAGAAUGUGGCGCAAAUCCUCGACUUUGGGUCAAUCCGCCAAGACGGUUCGAGAAUUGCCAAAUAUACUGCAAUCAAUUCUACAUCGGAGUUGACAGAGAUCUUCCAGAAACCUCGAUGCUCAUGGGUGUUUUUCCUGUACCAGUACGACUCGUGGGGCCAGCUACGAGUCUCGGCUGAGUUUCUAAAGAAGCUGUUCAGUUUUCUUCGAGUGCAUCCGGAGUACCUCGAUAUUGUCUUUCUUUUUGCGGAAAAGUCGGGUCCUGUUGAGCAAUCGUACAGCUCAUUUUUCUCCCACUGUCGGCCGCUCUCAUCAGAAAAUCUAGCCACCGAGUCCGGUUGUAGCUAUGGUGAGAACACCCAAUAUCCCAGACCUGGAUGGAUCGACGUGCUGAAGCUGCAGACAUUGGAUACAACAUCAAGUACGUGGCCGCCCACGGACGAUCCAUUCCAAAGGACCCAUUCUCCGUGCGCGAAACCGGGGUAUAUCAUGGCUACGAUGCUGCGACGCAGCAGACCCAAUGGGUAA